AUGGCGUCCGAUUCGGUCUCCCCUCUUCGCAUCCACAAACAAUCACUAGGUUCACCACUCAAGAUGGGAUCUGGGAACCCCCGUCCACUAUCAGAGCUCUCUCCGAUGGAGAAGAGAAGAAACUCGCCCAGCUGGUGUCAGCCCAAAAUAUCGCCCAAGAAGGCGGCAUUGAACAAUGAUUCCUCGCCAUUCCAGUCGUCUCCUCUGGAGACCGUCUCAUCCCCUCGCAUGUUUUGGCAGAACCGCAACAGCGAGAACACUUUCCAGGGUGGCCGUAACGGUUCACCAUCCCCCACCCGCCGCUCCUCUAUUGAACGCCUACAGAAGGCGUCGCGCGUCAGGAACAGCAACAUUCUAGCUCUUGAGCAGAGGCAAGAAUAUGAUCCUACUCGACUGCCUCAGAUCGAGAGACCCCUUGCUAAGGUCUCUGGGAACGCCUUUCGAUUAUCCACCGCUGGUCAAAAGAGUCCUGAAUCUUCCGACCAGUCUGUUUUCGACUCCAGUCACAACGAGAGUACCAUGAGCUCAUCAACCACAAUGGCGAGCCCGGUGCCUGUCCUUGCAGCUCCAAUCGAAAGCACACCACGCACACCAAGCAGCAAGGACCAGGCUUCCCCAACAAAGUCGUCGCUCUCGCCUUCCAGAUUUAAGAGCAGCUUCGACCAAGAGACAGGGCAGUGGACUUUUGAUUCGUCCAUGAAUGAACAUGACAUGCCGAGCGGCCGAUCACUACAUCGCCAUGCCAAGAGCGUUACAUUUGAUGCAGCACCUCCCCAAAUCAAUGAAUAUGAAAUGGCUACUCCAGAUUUAUCAUCUGUGGGCUCAAAUUCACGAGAAGGCAGCUAUGAAUCCUUCGGGGACGAAGAUGACAGUAUGCUUUACGAAUCAGGGGAUGUGGACCUGAACGAGGAGAGCUUCGAUGCAUCGCUCGAGGACACAGACAAGACCCCCGUCGUCGGUCCCGAUGACUGGCGAGGAGAGAGCCCAUUUACGCAUUUCAGCAUGCAGUCCAAGGAGUGGUCAGCCAGCCCUAUGCCAGAAGCCGCACCAUCCGUUGCUGAGCAUGGAACUCCGAGCACAAAGCGUAAUGAAUCUGGAAACUCGAACACCGACCACCGGCCUUUACCGCCACUGCCCGGCGCUCUCGGUCAUUCCAGGACUCAAUCAAAUGACUCCUCUCGUGCUUCUCCAGCUUUGUCGGCAGCUUCAACACGUAGAAGCCUCCCUUCGCCUCCACCAGGCGUGGCCACCGGCAAAACUGACAUCCCUAGUAUCGGGCAUGGCAAAAUGUCUCUCGAGGAAAGACUGAAGCUGAUGAUGCUAUCGGAUGAUGUUGGUGGGAAAUCAGCUGCAGAGCAGCAGCGCGAGCGCCGCCUCCGACGUGCUAACGGCCGUGAGAGGCUAAGCAGCCCCAUUUCCGAGGCAGAAUCCAGCAUGGUCGAGGAUGAUACCAUUGGUGACAUCUCUGGCUUGGAGGAUUAUCAACUGCCCAGCCGCAUCUCGCGCGAAUCAAUCAUGCGACGAGUUAAUGGCAACAAAGUCAACGAAAGAGAGUCAGACUGGAACUUCUCGUCUCCCGCCCCAAGCUCAAGCCCCCAGCGCAGCCCCAGCAAGAGCCCAGAGAGGUCAUUCCCUCUUGAUCCUGAUGUCCCCAUUCCCUCAACCGAGGACUCAAUCUUGAGCGAGGAUCUGGAAGACGAGGAUGAGGAGGGCAGCGUCAUCAUCACCCGAAACCCAGAUUAUGAUUAUGAUGAUGAGGAAGAUGAGGAUCUCUCGGAAUUCCUCGAGAACUUCGAUCCUGAAGCCGUGGACAAGGAGCUGGCCGAAGCUGAAGACAAACUCCUCCAGGCUGCCAACGCCGAUGACAAUGGCAGCAAUUACUCAGACCAUGCUACAACACCGCAGGAAGAGCCCGAGAAACUCAUCGAGGAAGAGGCUGAAACCCCCCGUGCCACAAGCCCUGCCAGUCUGAAGCCCAACCCAUUGAAGUGUAUUCCAGACCUCAGCCGAAAACCAGAGGAAUCAUCAGUCUCGUUGGAAUUUGACUCUGACUUCCCCAAGGACGACCAGAUUGAAGAUGUGCAAGAAGACUUGGAGGCUAAGAGCCAGGUUGAAACGGAUGAGCUGCAGGAAAGCGAAUCCCAAGAACACCGACCUGAGCAGGAGGAAGCUUCCCCUCGCCCCCACACACCAGAUCAGACCAUGUCAAAGCCUGAAUACGAUGGCUCUGGCUGGGGUGAGCCAGAGGACAGCAUCUCAGAGCCUGGAACACCAGACUCAGUCAUCCACCACCGUGCAUCAGCCGACGAGGAUGCGCAGGUGUAUGAUGAGCCAAAAGAGGAGCCCGUCAUUCCGGAGAGACUAGCCACAAUCAAAUCGUCUUCUGGCUCAAAGCUGAAGACGCGUGUCUCCAACACUCCUGCUGAUCUGGCCGCCAUGCGCGAGACUCGACGACAAGUCAGUGUCGAGGUCCCCGACGUGCCAAUGAUCCCCGACUUCCAUCGCCAAAAAGUGACAAGGGAUCUAGAGGCAGACCUCACUGCUCCCACCGAAGAAGCUGUGCAGCGUCACCCCAGCUUCCACAAGCGAAGUUUAACUUUAGACCUCGAUCUAGGUCUUAGCCUGGAUCAAGAUUUCGAGAGGGUUAUGGAGGCACAAAAGGUUGCUUACAACGAUUUCAUUUCAGAACCUUCUUCUGAGGCGAGACUGUCGUCUGGCCUGCUGCUUGAUGAGGACGGUGCUAACCUUCAAUCUCGUAACCAGCGUGGAUAUCUCAUGAGGCAGAACACCAAACUUGUCACUGCCACUGACAAGGACCGAGAUGAGCACUGGAAAGCUCGUUCUGCAGGUAACUCGCCAGUCAAGCAGGAGCGACCACAAUCUUGGGUUGUCGAGCCCUGGCACACACAGCCCCGCCAGAAGAGCACUCGCAGAAGAUCAGCGCGCUUGAGCACUGGCCCCGUUCCUCCGGUUCCCGGUCAGCAGAGUAACGCAACAGCCCUUGACCAGGUUGCUGAAGAUGCUGAGCCAGCAGAGGUCUCCACUCCUGAGAGCGGCGAGAGAGGUCGCCUCUUCGUCAAGGUCAUGGGUGUCAAGGACCUUGACCUCCCACUUCCCAAGAAUGAACGAUCAUGGUUCAGCCUCACUUUAGACAAUGGCGUCCACUGUGUGACAACGGCUUGGUUGGAGCUUGCAAGAAAUGCUCCUAUCGGCCAAGAGUUUGAGUUGGUCGUCCCUAAUGAUCUUGAGUUCCAGCUUACACUCAACGUCAAGCUUGAAAAGCCCACAGCGCCAAUCAAGCUCAACCCCACAACCACCAAGACCGCAAAGCCCAAGACUUCCACGUUCAGCCGAGUGUUCGCGUCUCCAAAGAAGAGGAAGGAGCUCGAGAUUCGCCAGCGCGAGGAAGAGGAGCGAGUCGCUCAGCAGCAGAGGGAUGCGCAGGCGCGGCAGCGAAACGCUGCACCUACUGCUUAUGAGCUGUUGUCUCCGUUGGCAGCUGAGGAUGGCAGCUUUGCCCGAUCCUAUGUUUGCCUCAAGGAGCAUGAGACCCGCUGCUACGGCCGCCCAUAUAUGGCCGAGAUUGCCUGCUUCAACGAGUGGGCAACUGAAGAACCAGCUUUUGCUUCCAGCGUGAAGAGCAAGCGUGGAAACACUGCGGUUGUCAGGCGCGCUCCAUAUAAGGUUGGAAAGCUUGAGCUCCAGCUCCUCUUCGUUCCUCGUCCUAAGAAUACGACCGAUGAGGAUAUGCCCAAGAGCAUGAAUGCUUGUAUCCGAGAGCUCAAGUCGGCAGAGGAACGGUUAUCCCGUAACUGGGAGGGUCACCUGAGCCAACAAGGAGGCGACUGCCCUUACUGGCGCCGCCGUUACUUCAAGUUGGUAGGCACCAAGCUCACAGCUUUUCAUGAAAUGACACGUCAGCCCCGUGCUACAAUCAAUCUCUCCAACGCUAAGCGCUUGAUCGACGACCGCCAAGCUCUCACGGAGAGGGAGACGAUGGGCAAGGGCGGCAGGCGACGUCGCUCCGCAUUUGCGGAAGAGGAAGAAGGGUACAUGUUUGUUGAGGAAGGCUUCCGCAUUCGAUUCAACAACGGCGAAGUGAUUGACUUCUACGCUGACACCGCUGAGGACAAGGAAGGCUGGAUGAAGGUUCUCAACGAAGUCAUCGGCCGUGGAGACGUCAUGGAUGAUGGCGGCAACGCCCGAGCCCGGUCUAAGUGGUGCGAGCUUGUGCUUCGGCGAGAGGAGCAGCUCCGUCGACGCUCCAGUUCUCGACGUGUACAUUCACGAACUAAGAGCAUGUACCUUUGA